UAGAGCAUGCUGGGAAAAGAGAGGAAGUCGCCAUCUUGCUUUUAUUCCCCCAAGUAAGUAGUGGGAAUGUAGUGUGCGAUUAAGCGGCGGUAAUAAUGGGUCGUUCUCGUAGUCGCAGUUCAUCGCGCUCCAAGCGUUCAAAAAGCAGCAAGCACAGUAAGAAACGGAGCCGCUCCCGGUCGCGAGACAGGACUAAAAAGCGCUCGAAGUCUCGUGAGGCAAAGAGAAACCGGCGGCGGGACUCGCGAUCCCGGUCACACUCGACUACGACUACUACUACUACUACUACGACCACCACGUCCAGGAGGGAGCGAGAGAGAGAGCGGGAAAGAGCUCUGUCGCCUCCGGAGAGGAUCGAUAUAUUCGGGCGUACGCUGAGCAAGAGAAGCGCUCUUGACGAAAAACAUAAGAAAGAAGAGGAGGAGAAGAAAACCGAGCUCGAGAGACAGAGGAAAAUACGCCAGCAGGAGAUUGAAGAGAAGCUGAUCGAAGAGGAGACAGCGCGCCGCGUGGAGGAGCUGGUAGCCAAGCGUGUUGAGGAGGAGCUGGAGAAGCGAAAAGAUGAGAUUGAGCGGGAGGUGCUGCGGCGUGUGGAAGAAGCAAAGCGCAUCAUGGAGAGACAGCUACUGGAGGAGCUGGAACGCCAGCGCCAGGCAGAGCUUGCUGCUCAAAAGGCCAGAGAGGAGGAGGAAAAAUCCAAAAGGGAGGAGCUGGAGAAAAUCUUGGAAGAGAAUAACCGUAAGAUUGCUGAAGCUCAGGCCAAACUGGCUGAGGAACAGUUGAAAAUCGUUGAAGAGCAGAGAAAAAUUCAUGAGGAGAGGAUGAAAUUAGAGCAGGAAAGACAGCGCCAGCAGAAGGAAGAGCAGAAAAUAAUCCUAGGGAAAGGGAAGUCCAGGCCCAAACUGUCCUUUUCAUUGAAAGCUGCUGAUUGACAGCCUGGACAUGGACCACAUGCCCCGUGUUUGGUAGCUUCAUGUUGAAGUGUUCCCUGGAAAGCUUGGCUUGCUCUUACUGCUCAGGUGGUCUGUGCACAACAUUGUUAUGGAUUAAGAGAAAACUUGACUCAAUUUGAACAUGUCCAACUCAUUGUUAUAUGACUAAUGUUACAUUGAUUUUUGUUUUUAAUUGUUGGAUAGAAAACUUUCACCUAUCUGGUACUACAAUACACAAGUGGAUCCUUUUGUUAAAACAACACAGUGUAGAUGCAGGUGACAGAAUCUUAAAUAGGUUAUUGUUUAACCUGAUGACAUUGAGUCUUGCAGGAUGGAGAUGCAAGUUUAUUGAACAGAAGGGGCAAAGGAGUGGUGAAUGAAAUGUAAGCCCAGUGACUUGUCUUACACUCAGCAGACAACCCUUUGGCUUCCUCAGACGUCUGUACUUUUGUUAAAAUACUCUGCUUUAAAUAUAGUUCGAGAAUAAGACUUAGAACAUUUUUUUUAAACAUUUUCAUAAAGUGUAAUCUUUUAACUGAAAUCUAAUGAGUACAAGGAGGGGAGGACUUGUGUAAUACUUCAUUAUAUUGAAUCUGAUGUGACAUCCUCUCUAAGAUUUUCCUGAAUCCACAGAUACGGUAAGAUCUUUUGCACUGUUUAUUUGGAGUAAAACUCAUUUAAGUUGUUAAUGUUUUGGGUCAAAAUCUUUUUUUAUGUAGUGCUUUCAAAACAAAAAGAUUAUAAAGACUAUCCUUAAUGCAGGUAAGGUCAACAAGUUUCAUGUUUAUAUUGGGAAUAUGAUGUGUGGAAGUUUAUGCGAGAUGUGUGUGUGGCUGUGUGUGUGGCUGUUGUGCCUUCUUGCAGACGGAUACAGGGGGGGUUUGUGGAUACAGUCAGACAUUGUACAGUUUUUUUCCUUCCAUGGUGUACUAUUAAAACACAAUCAUAAGGUGUACUGCUCAUCCCUGUUUUACUGCCUGAAUAUAAAAUAAAAGAUUCGUGAACACCUGA